ACAAGUGUAGGAAGUUUGGUUUUUUGAAGCUGUAAGUAGAAAGUGAGCAAUUUAAGAGGACUUUAAACAUAAUAUCAUGAAAUUAAAAAAAUGUCGUAGUAAAAUUGGGUGGGAUAUUUAGAAGUCCCGAUAUUCUUAUGUUCAACACUUUAAAUUUUGGUUUGAACGGUAAGGGAAUUUAUUCAAUCAGCUUUGAAUACAAAGAAAGCUCAAGAAAAAAGAGAAUUUUCAUGAAUAUAUUAAGAUGGUCAGACGUGAAAAGGCCUAAAAAAAAUAAAGAAGAUAAGUAUCUGUGGUGUCCGUUAAUCCGUUAUAGCAUCUACCAUCAUCACCUCCUUGUACUCCUCAAAAACCUUUGCUUCUCUUCAAUGAACUUGAUCUCUCUCUGUGUCUCGACAAACAAGAAUGGCAGACAAUGUUAGACACUUCACUGACAUCUCUCCACUCUACCAAUGUCCCUUCCACUCCCUCUCUCCCCUUUCUCUUCUCUCUGUGCAUCUUCAUCAUCAUCUCUCUCUUUCUGACAAUCUUCUCUUCAACAUCGCCAUCUUGUCUCCUUUGCCCCCAAUACCACAACCCUUUUCAGGACAAACUCCAAACCCAGGGUUUACUUGUUCUUCUAUAUGUAUUAGUGUUUUUGCGAAUGGGGAAUAUUGACUAUUGAGGGUGAGUUGUUCCACAAAUGAGCCAUUGAAGGUGAUGAUAUCCGGUGCACCGGCAUCUGGCAAAGGCACUCAGUGUGAACUAAUUGUUAAGAAAUUUGGAUCGGUACACAUCUCAACUGGAGAUCUUCUAAGAGCUGAAGUAUCUGCGGGGACAGAAAUUGGCAAUAAAGCAAAAGAAUUUAUGAAUGCUGCUCGUCUGGUUCCUGAUGAAAUUGUGACAGCUAUGCUGACAUCGCUAUUAUCAUAUGAUGAUGAAAAGGAAACAUGGUGGCUUCUAGAUGGCUAUCCGCAUAGUUCUGCCCAAGCAGAAAGUCUUGAGAAAUUGAAUGUAAAGGCACGUCUUGAAAUAUACAAGAAAAAUGCUGAAUAUCCACAUGCUCAAACAUUAUUGUCAAGAUUGAUGGAAACCACCAAAAAGAAGUAGUCUUCCAAGAAAUAGGUUCUUUUCUGUCUCAAGUGCAGAAAGAUAAAGCACAAUUGGUCAAACCUGGCAAGUGUUUUCAAGUUUUGAAGUUCUUAUACAAGUUUGCUCAAGGUUUAUAUCUUUGAUAUGAUCAACAUAAUUAUCUUCUUUGCUGGCUGUCACGAACUACUCUAGAAGUGAAAAUAUUCACAGAAAUUGUUUUGAUCUUUUUGAUGGAUGCUUUUGUGUGAAACGUUAGUGGUUGGAAACAUUAAGGUAGAUUAAUUCUUUUUGCAAUCACAAAUCUUUUAUUUCAAUUUAUGAAACUGAUUCAGCCCCACUUCAGCGGGUAAUCUGAUAAGAUCUUCUUAUGUGUAAAGGGAAGUAUAGUAGUAUUCACGAGGAUCGUCUGACUUUCCCCCUCAAGUUACGACCUUUUAUGUUGUUUGGCAGCCUAAAUAAUACAACUUUUAAGUAUUGAAUGUUCUUCUUUUCUUUUUCUUUUUCUCAAUAUUUCUUGUAGAAAGUGUGUUAACUUUAUACGUAUAUGGGUUUUCUUGACCAAUUUAUACGUGUUGAACCAACAGUUCGUCUCCUGAUAAUUCCUCUGGCUAUUUGUCUUGUGAUGAAAGGGGCCUUUAGGUUCCCAACUUAUUAAGACCAUAGAAACUGAUUACAGAGUUAGGACUUGGAUUUCUAUUUGAAGGGCUCGUGUUCAAACCAUGGGGAGGCUAGGGUGGAAUUUGCGAUCGAGAAUGGCUACCUUCUUCUAUUAUGCAGACAGACUAAAGCCUUCUGGACCUUGCAUCGAACUAGAAUGUCUUGUUGGAAGUCCUGUUCCAUGCUAAGCACCGCAUAAGAGAGUGGAUUUGUAUUUAUAAUGGGUUUUGAAUGAUUUUUUUUCUAGACUGGAUUUGUAUCUCACAAAUUCUUAUAAAAUAAGUAUUUUAUUGGAAUAGAGUACCCUCCGACACUUGGGUUAGUAAAUAAUAUAAAGAAAAUAAUGCAUAGCAAAGAACAUAAAAGAGUGUAAGUUGUGAUUGUUGUGUGUGUUAUUGUAUCAUGGUUUAUUGUUGUUA